CUUCGAUUUCUAAAACUGUUGUGCUACAGCGUAAAAGUGCAAAAGCUACGCCAAUUCGGCAAACCUCUUGAGCUCAGGUGCCGCUAAAGAUAGUUAUGUGAACCGGUUGAUAUCCUGGCUUUCUCGAGUACUUUCUAUUGAGGGAAAUGGACGACGAGCUGGAGAACUUCAUCAGAGAACGCAAGGCGCGAGUGGCCGCGGAUAAGGCCAGUCUAGAAAAGGACCCUCCCUACAUGGAAAUGAGGGCAAAACCCAGCAGAGCCUAUGGGUCCACUGUGAAAGAGAACAUCCCUCCGAGGAUUACCAUCCAAGGAAAAGAUGAGAGCUGCAGCGUUGGACUGCCGCUCGGUGCUGAGUAUGAGAAGAAGAAACACCGGCUGCAGCAUGAACUGCGGAUGGACUACAGACGCUACAUGGCUCAGCUCCAACCUGACCUCCGAAAAAACGGGAAUAGUCACUUUGUGACUGGACUUAUAAUAGGAGCGGCCGAUACAAACGAGGCUUUGCAGAGAAAGAAGGAGCGCUACAGACAGGAGCUACAAGAGCAGAUAGCUGAGCAGCACCGCAAUAGGAAGAGGGAAAAAGAUCUGGAGCUGAAGGUUGCUGCGACAGGAGCGAACGACCCUGAGAAACUGCCAGACCGAAUCAGACAGUUGGGUCUGAGCAGGAGGGAAAGUCCUGUUGUGACUGAGCCUUCAACGACAGCAGAGAGUGGCUCAUCAUCCAGAACCGCAGCCAGUGCGGAGGGAGCUGCCAGAGGAAGGGACAUGCCUCCUCCCGGGCUGCCACAUGUUGCCUUCCAGUCCCCUCUGCUGGAGUACAGCUCCGCUUUGGGCCUGGGGGAAGGACAUCUGUCUCCCAGCAGCCAGCACAGCAGCCUGUCCACAAACGCUGUUGAGACACACAGAAACAACCCCUUCCUCCCUCAGCCGCCCUCUUCACUCAGGGAAACUUACAGAACCCCAUACGGAGAACCCCAUCAGUACUACGGAAACAAGAACCUCCUUGACCCAAAUAUGGACUAUUAUGGACAUUUUCCUUCUCCUAAUGCUGGGAUCCCCACGUCCUACUGGAAUGUGCCACCAGGGGGAGCUGUGCCCAGCCAGUUGGGGAACCACAGUCCUCACAGCCAGCAUAGUGGCUAUAGUUUUCCAGAGCCUCCAUUAAAGUGCCGCAGUGAAUCUGCUGUUGCAGACUCGCAUAUCGGAGACUUCCCCUCAGAGAGGUCCAGAUGCUCCAGGGAAAGGAUUCUGAGCUACAGAGAUGCUCUGAAACAACAGAUCCAGGAGCAACAGGAGCGGCGGCGCCUGGAGAGGGAAGAGAGAGAGCGCUUGGAGGCCCAGCUGGAGGCCGACAUGCAAAACCACGAGCCCUGGGGGAGAGGCGGGGGAGGAGCUCCUCUGAGGGACACCAUGGGAAACCUCAUCGCUGACCUCAAGCAGAUGCACAGGUUGAACGAAGAGGCUUACAGCAACCCGGAGCUGUGGCAGAGGAGAGCCACGGCUGCCAUGACGACCCGCCUGGCAGAGCAGCCUCAACCUGCCGCCAGGGUCACACAGACCAACAGCUUCAACUCUGCUGACAGGCUGCCUGGCUUCACUCAUGUCCAGACCUCCCAGUUUGCCAGAGGUAAAGUUUUUGCCAGCCAGCCCAGUGAGUUCCAUCUACAGGAGCAGGACAAGUACAAAGCUUACCUCAAGCAGCAGAUUGAUGAGAAAAUACGUAAAAAAGCAGAGGAGAGGGAACGAAUGAGACUGGAGGAGGAGAAGGAGGAGAGAAGACUGGCGGAGCAGAGGGCCCGCAUCCAGCGGGAGUACGAGGAGGAGCAGGAGAGGAAGAAACGGAAAGAAAUGGAGCAAAAGGCCAAGAACGAGGAGCUGAUCCAGCUGGCCGAACAGAGGAGGAAAGAAGCGGAGAGGAAGAAGAAGGAGGCAGAAGAGAAGGAGCGCGCCGAUCUGAGGAGGCAGUAUGAGCGAGAGAGGCAGGCCAGAGUGGACGAGAUGCACAGAGAGCCUUCUCCUCCUAUCCCGACCCUGCAGAGGAAACACGGGCGACGCCUGCAGCACGCCUCCCGACCCGCCACUGUCCACUCCUACACCUCCACCUCUCCCCUGUCUGAGCAAUUGUCAUCAGGUCUUCAGUCCCCUCCUGUUCCCGCUCGUAGGAACCAGCUCAGAGCUGCAGGAGACCAUCGCGACCUGUUCAAUGAGCUGUCUGCUUUGCGUCGGCAGCUCCGCAGUGAACAGAAACGCCUAGAGAGCGAUUUGCAGCGGGGGAACUGGGAGGAGCCGGACUCGCCCGUGAAUAUCAGAGAUCGGGAGUGUCCAGCGGUGGACGUGUUCGACAUGGCUCGGCUCAGGCUCCAGGCUCCAGUCCGAAGGCCAAACUCCCGAAACACAGAGCCCAGAAAUCUGCUGCGUAUCCAUGACUCUCUUCAGCUGAAAUACACAGACAGAGAGUCGAGGACGGGUUCUGGAGAGGACAAACUGGAGGAAGUGGGCGUGGUCAGAAGGAGGAGGCGGGACUAUAGAGACUCCUAUGAUCACCAGAGCAGCCACAGAUCUACAGUCCAGGAUGAUUAUUUAGAUCUGUCGCCACCUGAGCAAAAUGACUAUCUGAGGAGUGUGAGCGGUGCAUCCAGAAGAGGUUUCCUGCUCGAGUCAGAGAGCGCGUUCAUUGACCCCCUGGGCGGGGCUUCUCCGGUGCCCCCAACUCCUGAGCAGGACAGGAUCCGCCAGCUGUCAGCCAGGGAGAGGAGGAGACUGGCCAAGCUGGCACAGCGCCCCCAGGAAGGAGCUGCUUCCGUUCAGAGAAGUUACCCCGACCCUUCAGGUGGCAGGCUGAACCUGCAGGAGGCAGGAAGUGAGGUCAGGAGCCGGAACAGAACAGAACCUCUGGACGGGUCCGACGACGAGUCCUCCCCUGUUCAGUCGUCUCCUCUCAGCCUGAACCGCGAGAGCUCCGAGGAAACCGUCACCACAGACUCCUGGAUCGGACCAGGAACGUCGAACGCACUGAAAAAUUUGGACCUAUCGUUCAGGAGGAAGCGGCAGGCUACGUAGGAUUGUGUCCCUCCAGGGUUCUGGAGGUGGCCGCUUCAUGGUCUCGUUUUUUGGGUUUUUUUACAUAGUUUUAUUCUGUUUUGCUUUUUGACCAGAGGAUGUGCUCAUCUGAAACCUUCUCCUCUGAAUCUGUAACUCUUUGCUGUUUGAAUCAAACUUUGCGUGUUGGCGCGUGUUUUAAACGUUUUUACUGGAUAAAUUAUGUCUGAAAUUAAAUCUAUUUUAUAUAUAACCCUUUUUUAAUUAUAAUUUUUUUAGGAAUAAUCAUGUUAUGCAACAUUUCAAUUUUCAUGUGCUCAUUUCCCCCUGAGUUCCCAAAAUCACGGAGAAAAAAAAAACUUAAAGUGCAGUCCCUAAAGUCCCCUUUAA